AUGGUAGUUGAUAACGAAUGUAUCCGGAAUGGAUCCGGAAGUGACGUUUUCGGCCCUGGUGACGGACCGACUUGUCAACCCAUUCCUAACUGUAUCAGAUUCAGUUUCUUCAAAAGGGGGGUAAUGGACCUGCAGGAGUACUUCCAGAGGAUCGGCUUCAGCGGUCCCUUCGAAAAGCCCGACCUGUCCACCCUGCAACAGGUGCACCGGCAGCACGUGAUGAGCAUCCCCUUUGAAAACCUGUGUUUCCACAGCCAGGAGCAGUUCAGCAGUGAGCUGCCACAGAUCUACAGCAAACUGGUGCAGCAGCGGCGUGGAGGCUGCUGCUACGAGAGCAACCAGCUUCUCCUCUGGGUGCUGGAGCAGAUGGGCUACACAUGCUCCUUCCUGGGUGCCCGCGUCUACAACUUCUGCACGCAGGACUUCAGCGAGAAGGCGGCCCACCUCAUCGUGCGGGUGGAGGUGGAGGGGAGCUCUUACGUUGCCGACACCAGCUUCGGCCUGGCGGACCAGAUCCUGGAGCCCCUGGAGCUGGUCUCUGGGAAGGAGCAGCCUCAGCCUGGUGGGACCUUCUGCCUGAGGCAAGAUGGCGACAUGUGGACCCUUGACAGGACGGCGCGCCAGCCACAUAUCCCCAAUGAAGAGUUUUCCAAGAGCUCCCUGGUAAUACGCACCCUCGUCAACAAGGUCUUUUGCUUUACGCUGGAGCCCCGCAAGCUCGACGACUUCAGGGCCAUUGGUGAAUUUGUGACAACGUCCCCCAAGACCCUUUACACAAACAAGUCGCUCUGCUCCAUAGUGACACCCACUGGGUACAGGAGUCUCGUUGGCUGGGUGUAUGUCGAGGUCACAUUUGCCUACCAGGAGAAGUUUGACCUCAUGGACAUGCGCCGCAUCACGGAUGACGAGGUCCAGGACUUGCUGAGGGAGAAGUUUGGCCUGCCCACAAUCCCCAACCUUCAACUGAAGAACAAUAGGGGUGUCUUUGUCAUGUAAGCGUACCUGUGUGAUUGUGUUGGUGCAAUUAAAUUAAACAUUUAAAGUGCA